UUAGUUACACUACCGCGCCCUUACAACUCGACAUCUACAUUCAAUCAUCGACUGUUACAGGACGGCUAUAUAUGUGCUGUAGGCGUCUUUACGCGAUCGAAACAGGAGGUGGUUCUUUAUCUCUUAACAGAGACGAGAGUAUGGUUCUUAGCGCUUAACAAUCUUCUGCUCUCGUCAUAUUGGCGACGCGGUUUAUUGUUAUUUAAGGUCUGUUACGCCUUAGCUCGUUGAGCGGGUGUUACGACUUAUAUAUUGGGGGCGUAGAGGCAACCAUCGCCGUGCUACGCCCGCCCAGCAUAACACAAGAAGCCACCUAAUUACCUGCGUUCGUUCGCAUUGAUGUUCUGCCGCAUUCAAUGCCUAGCUCUACACCAGAGAAGCGGAUAGGUAUCCUAGAAGACGAUGAGGCACCAAUCUCAGCCUCUGCCGCUCUCCUCGGGGAUGAGGCAGGUAAGGACGUGGAGGCUGUGCCACUGAAUGAGUCCGAGCAGAGAUGGGACGGCCGAUUGUUUUCUUGGUGCCUAGCCCGGCCGAGGAGUUUACGACGAAAACUACGAAGACAUCCAUCGGGAGUUGCUAUCGCCGUUAUUAAGUACGCUAUCAUAAUAAUAUUGGUACUAUUCAUAGGGACCCCGGUCUUUUUCCCAUCGUAUACUCGACUUCCUAAACACUAUCGAGAUCUCGAAUCUAGGUGCCGAGGACCCACUCGCGAGGUUGGAUGUGCAAAUAUCCACGGCGAACAAGUUUUCAUCAGCGUCUCCUUAUAUGAUAAGGGCGGUGACCUAGCGAACGGGUCGUGGGGAGAGAGUUUGUUGGAAUUAAUAGACCUGAUUGGCGAGGAAAAUGUCUUUUUAAGCAUAUACGAAAAUGAUAGCGGUCCGGAUGGUGCAGCCGCUCUUGAGAAUUUGAAACGGCGGUUGAAGUGUCGGAAUUACAUCGUCAACGAGCCCCAUGUGCCCGUCACGGAUUUUCCAACCGUGACACUACCCGACGACACUACCCGAGUGAAGCGUCUCGCAUACCUCUCCGAAAUGCGGAAUAGGGCUUUACGGCCUCUCGAUCGGUUCGAUCCGGAUGCCGGGACAGUGCAUUAUGACAAGAUUUUAUUCCUCAAUGACAUUAUAUUUAAACCCAUCGAUGCAGCUCACCUACUUUUUAGUACCAAUGUCGAAUCAGAUGGACGGGCGCAUUAUUUGUCGGCUUGUGCCAUGGAUUAUUGGGACGCAUUCAAAUUUUACGACCUUUAUGUUACUCGCGAUGCCGAAGGUCACUCCGCUGGACUGCCGUUCUGGCCGCUGUUCUUGAACGCUGGCGAAGGCGCAUCCAGGGCUGCUAUGCUUAACCAGCAAGACGCCGUCCCGGUUACCGCAUGCUGGAGUGGGAUGGUAGCAAUGCAGGCAAAACAUGUACAGAAUUUGAACGAGUCAUUGCCGAAUCCUCAUUUUCAAGAAAUCAAUAGUUAUGUCGUCGAUCCCGCGAAACCACAUAAUGUUACCGCCCCGGUCCGAUUCCGUUACGAACCCGAAGUCUUCUUUGAUGCUUGCGAGUGUUGCCUUUUCCACGCCGAUGUAGCUCAGGUUGCAAGAAAAUCACAAGAUAAGGAAUUAGGCGUAUACAUGAAUCCAUAUGUACGCGUUGCGUACACACACGAAGUACUAUACUGGCACUCGUGGGUACGGAGGUGGGAGCGGUUAUUCAGUAUUCCGCACGCCUUAAUGUCAUGGUCAUACUCACUGCCAACUCGCAAUCCGCAUCGCACGGUCCAGGAAGGCGAUACUUUUACGGAAGAAAUAUGGGUCGGGGAGGGUAACACCGGUCACUGGCAGCUAGUCCAACGAGAAGGUCGAAAUGGAAUGUUCUGUGGCGUUAGGGAGAUGCAAGUCAUCAGAGUCGACGAACGCGAGGACAAGAACUGGGAGAAUAUCAAGAUUCCUGCUGGCCAAGUGAUGCACUUCCCCACGUAACAUGGAGAGGUGCAACAGCCAGGUGAGAAGUGGGACCCAAUGGUGAGCUGGAGAAUUAGAGAGGAAGCCGAGAAAGCACGCAAGAAGCAGCAACUCGAAUCCUCUCAAACUUCCAGCACACGCGGACAAAAUAACUAAAGCUUCCACCCCUUGGUGUUCGGGCCAGGGGAGCUUUCAGCCCACCUUUUACUGUUGCACCGCAUAAGGUUAGCGAUCAAGUAAUACU